AUGCAGAGUCUACUUAAGAUCUUCAAAAUGUCGAACACUCCCACGGUUCCUCUCGACGACGAUGAACUCGGUGCGGAGCCCGACGAACCGCCAGACGAUCAGGUAUCACCUCUUACCUCAGUCGCCCCACACGUCACGCUCUACAAUCGAUCCAUGGCCCCAGGAUACAGCCGUCGCGAGUCUCUCCUGACUCGUGCCAUCAUGGCCGAAUCCAAACACGAAGACGAUAUUCACGGGUUCCCAAGCCGCGGACUGUCGACGACGUCCUCGCACAGCACAGCCAGCAUGCCUUCCACUGCCGAGUUGACCAGCGACGGCGACACAUCGCAGUCUCGGUCCGCUACGCCCAGCCCACCUCCUCCUUCGAGCCGUUUCAGCCAAAUCCUGAAUCUCAGAAAAGCUAGUCCUAGAGUUGCUAUUGCUCCUGUCACAAAGGACGAGAAAGAAACGGUGGCGGUGGCGGGCGAGGCAGCAGUGGAAAAGACGCUCGGGCGCAAACGAUGCAUAAUGUUUGCCUGCGGAGGGGCUGAAUCGGAGAAAAGCAAAGAAAACCUGAACAAGGAAGGGUCAGGAGCGCCCGAGGUCACCAAGCGAAAGUGCGCCCUUACCUUUGCAUGUCCGACCCAGUCCACCUCGAAAGCGGCCAAGAAUGCUCCAUCCAAAUUGCAAGUGGACGUGAAAGCCGCACGUCGUCCCUCUCCUGCUCCGGCCAUGAGACGAAAGUCAACAUCCGAGUCGGUCGAUCUUUCCGGUCGUUCAGCCGAGACAGCCAGGAUCACCACUUCUGAGAAAGGCAAUCUGUCGCCAACGCCCAAGGCUGCUUUCCACGAGUUCGGUACCUCUCAGGACGAAACUGACUCGUGGGUUGACAAGCCAAGCUUCCAUCGGGAAAAGCUCACCUUGGACGACUGCAUGAGAAAGGAGAACCGCAUCCGCCAGAUUGGACAAGAAGCUGAAGAGGAGGCUGAAGAAGAAGAGAGGGAGCAGGACGAUCUUGAGGCAGACGUCGAGGUCAAUGACCACGAAGAUGACUUUGCGCCUUCUGAAGACGGUUCGGACGGCGGCAAUGAGUCGGAUGACGAGGGCGGCUUCGCUAGCUCCGACGAGGAAAGUGAUGCCGGCUCCGAAUAUCAGUUCUGGGCACCAUUCACUGCCAAUACCGCUUCGAGCACCGAGAAUCUCAACAUCACGCACUUCAGUUCUCGGAGGCGAUCGGAAGCGAGCUCUGUCGAAUCUAUGACCCACUCGAGCAACUCGCACCUCCGCUCCAUGAUGCUGCAGGCUGGAAGGCGUCGCAACAAUGCCUCGAAAGUACCAAAAAUGAGGCCUGGAACACCCGAGCUACCCGACAGUACUGACUUCGUCUGCGGCACCCUCGACGAGGACCGCCCACUGGAGGCAGCUUACCUCUCAUGCCGUGAGCAGAGGAUGCGUCAGAAGCACGUACCCAUUCCGCAAGAUAUCGAUCCGAGCUUUCCCACCACCGACCCUGAAGACAAUGGAAACGAAAGCGACGACGAAAUAGAUGGGUCGCAGCACAGCUCCGACGGUCCUCGGUGGCUCAAGGAGGACUUCGCCGGGUUCGAAGAUGACCAUUAUGGUCGUCGGAAGUCUUCAAUUGUGUCUCCGGUCGACGAAACACCGUCACCGCCUCACGUCGUUACUGGGGUGAGACCGGGUCGACCCAAUGUUCGCUCACCGCUGCCCAGAGUCAUCACUGCUCGGUCACCACCGCCUCGGAAACUGUUCGGGCAUUCGCCUACUAGAAACAGGUCGCCUUUCCCAUUGGCCAAGUUGCGCUCGCCACGUGGUUCUCCUACCACUACGGGUGUUCCGACAAAGCUACGGCUUCGAGGUCUCGCACAACGUCCGGGCAUGGAACGGACAGCAUCUCUUCCUGAUACACCCAACCCAUUCUUCAAGAACUUCAACAUCGGGAGCCCUUCGAUCUCUAACAUCGCUUCUGGAGCUGUGACACCCGCAGUGGAAGAACCUCCCCGUGCGGACAUGCACGUCCGAGGCCCGGUCGACAUUGUUGCCGGUCUUGAGAAUAAACGGCAGAAACGCAAAGAAAAGUUCUGGCGGCAGCACUGUCGCAAAGCGGCCAAGGAGCAAGCCGAACGCAAGCCUGUUCCUGGUCGUGGAGCCGAGAGAAUGAAGGAGCUUGGUCUCGAAUGUGCUGAACGUACAAGAGGCUACGGCAUCGGGCAACAAACCCAACUGGUUCUUUCGCUUUAA